AUGCCACGAAUUUGCAGACAUACAUGCUCUGAUAACCUAACUCCGAAUGACAAUCUCGAACGAUUUUAUAUAGGACAUAUAGAAUUUUUUGGAAGGGAAUUAAGGAGAGCCGAAACUUUUUUUAGAGAAAAUGGAAUAACAGGUGAAGAUUUAGAAGCAAAAUUGAGUAACUUAAAAACAAUCAUAGAAGAAAGGGAUCGUCUCAGAGAACGGAUAAGACAACUUCAAUACACCCAAAGUAUUGCAUCUCGAAUGAUAAAUGAAAUUAAUGCUGAAAAAAGGCUACUACAACAAGAGAAUGCACAACUUCGUCACAAUCUUGAGUAUGAACAAGCGACUAACGGAAUAAUUAUCAAUAAUCUUAGAAAUCAGGUUGAUAUCCUUGAGAAUCGAGAAAACAUUUUUACAGAAAUAUUAAGAAACCAAGGUCAAGUUAUUCCAAGGUUGCGUAGACAAGAUGCUUUCAUUUAUAAGGUGGAAGAAGAUUUUGAAACUA